AAACCCAAUUUAGCUUAAUCAUUAUUCGUUGACUAAAGUUGCCAUAGAUAUAGGUUAUCGGCUGAAGCUGUUCAAGUCUCGGCACAAUUUACUGUCAGUCUGGUUCGAUCCAGUAUAUACCUGACCUCUUGUUUUGUGUGUGUCUGUACGAGCAAUGGACGUCAGGGGCAAUCAACUCUGUGUGUUACUACUCGGAGCCUUACUAGUGGCCACGCCCAGAGCUGUUCAGGGUGAAUUUAUACUGAUAGUCAACUUGGUCAACUACACCAACCCAACCGGACUGUGUGCUGAAUGUGUGGCUCCACUGAGUAAUUUCGAAAGUGCUGACCUGUUAGUACCAGUGUGCUGUGAUGAUCAGCCAUUCACAAACACCAACUGUGACAACACAGGAGAGGGGAGAUGUGACACGAGGUUCCGUUGGACCAUCAGACCAUUUGGUGCAUCACUGGAGACAAGACCACUCAGUGAACUCAAUGCUGAUAACCCUCCAUAUUUUUUCACGGACUGUGCAAUGUCCUCCACUUGCCCAUUCAGUGAAAUGAGCACAACAUUCAGUCAAGGUCCAACAGCACUACUGGGAGUAACAGACAAUCCUUUACGUAUUUCGAAACCAGAUUUUACUAUGUGGAUGGGGCAAAUACAGUUCUUUAUAGAAGCUGUGGAUAGUCGACUCCCGAACAUAAUAGACAGUCUGUUGAUUAACCUGGACAACCUCCAACUUGGAGCAGACUUCACAGAGGAGAUGACAUUCACUGGAUACCACGACAUAUCUCACAUGACGAUGAGUUUCAGAGUCGAGUGCUCUCCUGGUUUCUGUGGAUCUGACUGUACCACAACACCUCAGAACAAUCCACGAGUGGUGACAUGUCAAGCUGAUGGCACUCUAACAUGUACUGAUAACCGAUUUGACCCUUCACCUUUCGUAGCCUGCAACGACUGCCUCUACAACCUGGAUAAUACUACAGGCUGCUCCAUUUGUGUACAGACUAGCUAUGACCCAACCACUAACUGUGAAUCAUGCUUGGACACAAACUUCAAUCCUUCUGAUGGUUGUACAUCAUGUUUGUUGGAACUCUAUGACCUUCAGACAAACUGCACCCAGUGCCUACCCAACAGAGAUCCCUCUACCAACUGCACCCAGUGUCUACCGAACAGAGAUCCCUCUACCAACUGCGCCCAGUGUCUACCAGGCUGGGACAUCACCUCGGAUUGUGCUAGUUGCCUACCCAACAGAGAUCCCUCUACCAACUGCGCCCAGUGUCUACCAGGCUGGGACAUCACCUCGGACUGUACUAGUUGCCUACCCAACAGAGACCCCUCUACCGACUGCUCCCUCUGCCUACAACCAGACAGGUUCACUGAUACAGACUGCAGUGUGUGUGCUCUACCAGGAGGGGACCCAGCAACACUCUGUCAAACAUGCUUGGCCACUAACUUUGACCCUACCACAAAUUGCUCUGAGUGCAUAGGCAAUCGCGAUCUCGGCUCCAGCUGCUCCACUUGUCUGCCUGGGUAUGAUAGUAGCCGUGACUGUACAGUGUGUCUUUCUGAACGAAACAUAUCCACAAGAUGUACCACCUGUCUGUCUGGAUUCACUGGAAGUAACUGUGAACCUGAAAGUGCCGUGAGUCUGGCGUUGGUGGCUGGUAUAGCUGGUGGAGUGGGCGGAGCUCUCUUCCUGGUGAUCAUCGUCUUGGUGAUCAUUGUGUGUGUACUCAUGUGUCAAGUUCAAAUCAGAAGUCACAUGAAAGUCAACAUCUCAGGUGUAGCAGGUCAUAGUAAUGCCUACAACCUGGAUGAAGUUAGAACAGGAACAGGAACGGGAUCAUCAGCUGAGCACAAAUUUCAGAAUCCGAUAUACGGCCCUGGAUUGGACUCAAAACCGGGAACUGGGACGUCAAGCGAUCACAUGUUCAGUAAUGAUAUGUAUGAGUCCUCCAAGAUGCAAAAACAAGAUACAUACUCGCAGCUACGUCAUCCAAGUGUUAGCCCAUCCUUACAUACGGUUAGGAUGGGCACUAAUGAGUUUGCAUCCACUCUUGACGGCCCCACGUAUGACUCGGCCAAUUUCCCUGACAGCAAUCAUGAAAUCACCCCAGUGUACAUGUAUGACACACUUGAGCGGCAAUCGCCAUUCUCAAAAGAGGUUACUCCACAAAAGGAAAGGAAGGAAAGCCACUCCCGUGUCCGUAAGCUCACAGAGACCAGUAUAACACUGCAACCCGUACCCCCAAUCCCGUAUGACUCGGCCAAUUUCCCUGACAGCAAUCAUGAAAUCACCCCAGUGUACAUGUAUGACACACUUGAGCGGCAAUCGCCAUUCUCAAAAGAGGUUACUCCACAAAAGGAAAGGAAGGAAAGCCACUCCCGUGUCCGUAAGCUCACAGAGACCAGUAUAACACUGCAACCCGUACCCCCAAUCCCAACAUUUAACUCGGCUGUAGUCACCGAUCCAGAUGAUCAGCCAGUCUACGAUGAAGCUUUCCUCCCAAACACAGACCCGUCGCUCGAGAUGAAAGCGAGACAUCCCUCCAAGUCUAGGGUGGCAUAUGAAAAGAUCAGAGACGGACAAAUGCCUGGAGGAAGUACGUACGAUACGGCUUUCCCUACCCAACCCAUCCUCCAGCAAGACGUCAUUUACGACCAGCUGGACGAGUCUAACGUUGACCACCCUCCUCCACACAUACAGACGGUAUUGCCUCCAAAUGAAACACUCUACGAUGACACUGUGUUUUUACCGAAAGAGCAAACGCCUCAACCUUAUGCAGUACUGCCUCCAACAUCCUCAGCGAAACCGCAUCCCUAUGACUACAUAGAAAAUCCUUUGGAUAGUAUGACUUCAACUUCAAUACCUCCCCAAGAUAAACCUGUGUACACAAACACACUUCCCGGAAAAAUUACCCCCAAAGCACUGUCUCAUUAUGACGUAGGGCAAUGAGCCUUAUAUAAUUUGCUCAGUUUUUUUUAGUGUGGUAUUAAGUGUUGAUUUAAUUAAUGCUUUUUAGCUUUUUUAAAAUAAUUUAUUUUGUUCUAAC